UUCCCCCGUUAUAGACUUAACGAAAAAUGUGAAGUAACUUUCAGCAAAUGCCAGCGUGUAUGCACCAUAUGCGACGUUUUGCCGUGGUGUAAGUUAUUUAAUGAUGAAAGUGUAAAGGAUAGCUGUUAAAAAAACAGAACUGUGAUCAUAUCCAGCGAAUAAUUGAUUGGAUUUGCUUUGACAUAGCAUAAAGAACAUGGAGUGCUAUCAUGUUAAAUAAAACCAAAUUAAUUCCAUAGACGAUGAAGAUCAACAAGACCCAUAAGGGUUGUAUUUUUCUAUUCGUCUCGACUUUACUAGUGAUUCUUGUGAAGAAACAUAUUCUGAAGUCUGCACGGGUAAAAAGAAAUUCCCGAUCAUUAUUUCGAGAGCCCCUUACAUCAUCUCCAGCCACGCCCUUGACUAAGUUUUUUUCAGGGGAAGGAAUACCUCGUAGUGUGGAAGAGCAGCAGAAAGAAGCCAUUGGUAUACUGUCUGCUGCCUUGAGAAGUUCAUUGAAAAGAUUAAGAAGACAAUUAGAGGUUGAUCGUAACUGUGACUGGACGUCCGGCAGGUGGGUGAGAGAUAAAAAUAUAGUUUAUGGUGAAGGUGCUCUGGCUGGAUAUCGGCAUUGUUUGGUAGAUCAUAGACAAAACUGCAAAAGAAAUCAAGUAAAUGUUACUCACCUUGGUUAUCGAUGGGUUUUAAAUGACGAGAACUGUGAGGCUAGCAGGAUAUCAUUCACGAGAAGACGAUUUUUGACUCUAGUACAAAACAAGAAAAUCGCAUUCAUCGGAGAUUCUUUGACAAGAAAUAUGUUCCAAUCUCUGGCGUGUUUGCUUUAUGUACCGUUUAAAAAGGAAAUGGUCGAAGAACACAUGUACAGAUAUAGAUAUCCGGAAUUUAAUGUCAUUAUCGAAUUCAUAAAGUCAAACUACCUGGUAAGACAGGCAAGACAAGAUUGUGACAGCGAUACGACAGUGAAAUUAGCAAAAGCACCUUGUUUAGACAUAAUGACCGUUGAUCCAACCUGGGCAACUCGUGCAAGUGAAUUUGACAUUUUAAUGUUCGCUACUGGAGGAUGGUGGGAACAUGAUCUGCAAAUGAGACAAGCCAGUUCCGGAGAGGAUAGCACGUACACAAAAUCACAAUACAUUUUCCAUACAGCACUAAACACAGUGAUGAACCAUUUAGCAAGAGCCGAGUUUCAGGGAAAACAACUAUUCUGGAGGUGUUCUGAGGUGAGCCAUUUCUUUGGAGGCGAAUGGAAUACUGGCGGACAAUGCAGACGUUCGACUCCAAGCAGUCAUUCCUUAGCCAACGCUGUUUCUUUGUUUAUUGAACAAGCAGUCAUAGACUGUAUUGCCGAUACGUCAUCUAACAUUACGUUAUUUGACAUCACUGAAAUGAGCAGCUACCGUCAAGAUGCGCAUCCAUCGAGUCAAACCGAAACAGCAGGGUCUACGGAUUGCAAACACUGGUGUUUACCAGGCGUUCCAGACCACUGGAAUGAGAUUUGGUUAAAUAUAUUGAAAGUCAAAAGCAUGUCAACUUGAUGUCUUUACUGCGCUUUCGACAACCUCUUGGCACUUGAAUUAUAAAUAAUUCAAAUAAUAUUUAUAUUUUAAACAAAUUU